CUUCCUUCUCCCCAUUUUCACUCCCGGUACAAAAACCCUAAAGCCCUCCUUCCCAAUUUCCCCUUUUUGUUUUCCCCAAAAAUUCAGGAUAAUUAUAGCUACUUCACCAUGGCGAUUGCUUCUUGUUCUCUCAAUCUUCGAAUUCUUCAUCGUUCAGUCAGAGCCUCAUCGCUUCAGCCUCUCGCUCAGAAGAAUCUUUCAUCGGUUUCUCUCCGCAGUCAUAGAAUCAAAGGUCAUUUUACCCUUGCAUCAUGUCAGCCCCGAAAUUUGUCCAUUGCAGCGGCAGAAGAAUCUACAGUUAUACCAUUUGAAUCAACUAGUGAUUUGUCAUCAGACCAUGAAGAAUGGUCUGCACAUGAAAACCCUGAAAAUGAUGAAAGCCUAGAUGAUGGUAAAGAUGAACCUGAAUACUUAAGUGGUAAUAAAAUGGUCAAAGUCUGUGAUAAAUUAAUCGAAGUAUUUAUGGUUGAUAAGCCUACAACGACUGAUUGGCGAAGAUUGCUCGCUUUCAGCACGGAAUGGAACAACAUUAGGCCUCAUUUUUACAACCGAUGUCAGGAAAGAGCAGAUGCAGAGAGUGAUCCAGGAAUGAAGCACAAACUUCUUCGACUCAACAGAAAACUCAAGGAGAUAGACGAGGAUGUACAAAGGCAUGAGGAACUUCUUGAAAUGAUUAAGGAAGCGCCUACUGAAAUCAGUGCUAUUGUUGCUAAGCGCCGGAAAGAUUUCACAAAAGAAUUCUUUGUGCAUCUUCAUACUGUUGCAGAAUCAUAUUAUGAGAAUCCUGUACAGCAAAAUGAAUUGGCAAAGCUUGGGAAUGCUUGCCUAGCUGCCGUGCAAGCAUAUGAUACUGCCACAGAAAGCAUCGAGGCUCUGAAUGCUGCAGAGUUAAAGUUCCAGGACAUCAUUAAUUCUCCUAGUAUAAGUGAUGCAUGCAAAAAGAUUGACAACCUGGCAGAGAAGAACCAGCUCGAUUCUGCUCUGAUGUUGAUGAUCAGCAAAGCUUGGUCAACGGCCAAGGAAUCAAAUAUGAUGAAAGAUGAGGUUAAAGACAUACUAUAUCAUUUAUACAAGACAGCUGUAGGUAAUCUUCAGAGAUUAAUGCCAAAAGAAAUCAGGAUUCUUAAAUAUCUACUCACAAUCGAGGACCCAGAGGAACAAUUAUGUGCUCUGAAGGAUGCAUUUACUCCUGGACAAGAGCUGGAAGGGAAAGAUGUUGACUGCUUGUACACAACACCUGAAGAGCUGUACACAUGGAUGAGAACAGUCGUGGAUGCUUACCAUUUUAGUAGAGAAGGAACUCUUAUAAAGGAAGCAAGAAACUUGAUGAACCCGAAAGUUAUUGAGAAAAUGGAGAACCUGAAGAAGCUGGUAGAGAAAAAAUUUCUUUAGCUUUCACAAUUUAAAUUGGCACCUCUGGUUCAAGAGUACGCAGUCUCAAGAUUUGAGGAAUGGUGCAUGUGUGCAGAUAUUGCUUUCAGUGAGGAUGCUACUGAAGAAUUGCAUACUUGGAUGCAGUAACCUUAUCGCCUUAUGCCCACUAGAUAUGUAUUAUGUUUAUGUAACAGAGAGAUCAUCAUGGCCUCAUGCAUGUUUGUAUUUAUACAGCAUUGUUGCACGAAGAUCGCAUUGUAUCAUGUUAUAAAGAUGAGAUUGUAGCAUAUAUUUCUUUUCUUUUAUUUUCUUUCGUUCUUUUUAA